CUCUAAUUCUCCACCCCCACAAAGUCAAUACUGCCCCCCUGUCACGACGCGAAAAGAUUUCAAUCAACGCGAAUUGGAAGCCUGACUCAAAUGUAACACGUUUGCCCUCUAUCUUCACCUUAUUUUCUUCGGAACUUACCGCCAUACCUCGUCUUCCAAGAUCCCCACCGUCUACAUUGUAGCAACAGGAGCGCAAGAUGGUCAAGCCUACGGGGCCCGGUGUCUAUACGGCAACGUAUAGUAAUAUCCCAGUCUACGAGUACCAGUUUGGAGAAGGCCUCAAGGAGCAUGUUAUGCGCCGCCGUUCUGAUGACUGGAUCAAUGCGACACACAUUCUGAAGGCCGCCGGUUUCGACAAGCCCGCGAGAACCCGAAUUCUGGAGAGGGAAGUCCAGAAGGAGCUGCAUGAGAAGAUCCAGGGUGGAUAUGGCAAAUAUCAGGGUACAUGGGUUCCCCUCGAGUCCGGUCAAGCCUUGGCCCAGCGCAACGGCGUAUAUGAGAAACUCCGCACCAUCUUCGAGUUUAUCCCAGGCAAUCUGAGCCCUCCCCCCGCUCCAAAACAUACCACAAACAAGCCAAAGGCGCCUAAGAAGCCUGCGGUUCCGAGAUGGGGAAACAAACCAGUGCCCACACCGCGUGGUGUCGACGACUAUGAGAAUAUCAGCGCCCAAUUGAAUGAUGAUGAGAGUAUGGCAGACGAUGUUACAGUUGCUUCAGCUUCAUUCAUAGGUGAAGAUGACCGGUAUGAUGUCUCUGCGCAGUCAACUGGCCAUCGCAAGCGCAAACGUGAGGAGCAAGCCCGCGAUGCCGCCGAACAAGCUCACCUUAUCUGGGCCGACGAGCUUCUCGACUACUUCAUGAUGUCAAACGAAGCACCGGGUAGUGUUGCAAAACCAGAACCACCCCCUAACUUCCAACCUGAUUUCCCAGUCGACAAUCUCAGGCACACUGGGAUGCACUGGGCGGCCUCUAUGGGCGAUGUUGAGGUCAUGAAGCAGAUGAAGAGAUUUGGUGGAGAUAUUGCUGCUCGAAACGAGCGGGGCGAGACGCCAUUGAUCCGCGCUGUGUUGUUCACCAACUGCUUGGAUAAGCAGACGAUGCCGGCAGUUGUCAAGGAGCUAAUCGAAACCAUUGAUCAUGUUGACAAUUACGGAUCGACAGCCAUUCAUCACGCCGCCAACAUUACCAUGAGCCAUCACAAGAACCAUUGUGCUCGCUACUAUCUCGAUGUCAUCCUCAACAAGAUGCAAGAGGUGCUAGAGCCAGAACACAUCCAACGUCUCAUUGAUGCGCAAGAUGGCAAUGGUGAUACGGCAGUGCAUCUCGCGGCUCGAAACAAGGCCCGGAAAUGUGUCAGAGCGUUGAUGGGGCGUGGUGCAUCGGUUGACAUCCCGAACAACAACGGCGAGACGGCUCAGGAGCUCAUUUCAGCUCUAAAUUCAGAGCGCCUUCACAAUCGUUACCCGGCCGCAUCCUCCUCACCAUUCGCACCUGCCCAUUACGAACCACCUGAUGAUCCAAACUAUACCUCCCGUCACACCGUAUCUCACAACUCUGAGGCUGCCAUGUCCAUUGAAAACAAGAUCACCCCUCUCGUUCUUGAUAAGUUCCGCGAAUUAGCGGCCUCUUUCGACGAAGAACUGAAUCAGCAAUUUGAAGCAGAGAAGAAUGCCAAGAUGAUCCUGAACAAGACGCAGAUGGAGCUUGCUCAACUCCGCGAUGAGAUUCUCGAGCUCGGCUACCGUGCAGAGGAUCCCGAAACAGAACAAGCGAAUAUAAAUGAGCUAGAACGUACGAAAAAGCUCGUCACCUCUCUUGUCGAACAGCAGCAGAAAGUUCAACUUCAAGUGCUAGUGCAACGAGAAGAGACCAAACAGAAUGGUCACGUGCCACAAGGUGAUGAAGAUGAUAUGGCUGAGCGACUCAUGCUAGCAAAGACGUUACUUGACGAGCAAGCCAAGAGACAGAACUUAGUCGAGGCCUAUGUCGAUGGGCUAGCGAAGGCUGGCGCGGGCGAAAAGGGAGAAAAGUACAAGCGGUUGAUAUCCAAGUGCGUGGACACGGACUUUGAGAAUAUGGAUGAGAAUCUGGACAGUUUACUGGAGCAGUUGAAGGAGGAUAAGGCGGCGAGGAUGGCAGAGGUUAUUGACAAUCCUGAUUUCUAAAUCCCAGUGGAGGUUUGUUAUCUUGAUGGUUGGAUAUGUGUGAUGUUUGGUGUUUGGGUACUUUGUCGAGUCAUCAGAUGUGGUUUAUGCAUCAGCGCGGUUUGGGCUUUUGUAGGUAGGGCUGGCGUUAUGAGGGUGUGAAUGAUCCACAUGAGUAAGUAGGAUACUUCCCUGGAUCCAUGACGGGACUGCGAAUCUUCUAGCUGAGAGCGGUUAUGCUUUCAUGGAGACAAUGAAACAUUGAAAUAUAAUCGGAUAUGGAGUGUGCAU